AUGCCCCCCCAUAGCACUCUGGAUUUAGACAGAUACAGCAGCUUGGAGAAAUCUCGACGCUCUACCAAUCGUAGCCAGCCCAGGGCCCAGGUUAAGUAUGGGGAAGUCCUGUGUGACUUCUGCACAACGAGGAAACAGAAGGCUGAGAAGUCUUGCUUGGUGUGCCUGGCAUCCUACUGCGAGACUCACCUCCAGUCCCACUAUGAGUAUCCUGCCAUGAUGAAGCAUAAACUGGUCAAAGCCACAGGUCAGAUGAGAGAGAAGAUCUGUGCACAGCAUGACAAGCUGCUGGAGGCUUUUUGUCGCACUGAUGAGACUUCAGUAUGUGUUCUGUGUAUGAUGGAUGAACACAAACACCACGACAUCGUCCCGGCUGGAACUGAGAGGACUGAGAAACAAAAACAACUCGGUGCCACACUGCACAAAUCUCAACAGAGGAUUGAUGAUAGAAUUAAAAAGUGGCAGGAUCUCCGACAAGCUGUGGAAUCAGUUAAACACUCUGCUCAAACGGUCCUAGAGGAGAACGAGCGGAUCUUCACUGAGCUGCUGCUUUCAAUAGAGAGGAAGUACAAUGAAGUCAAGGAGAUGAUCCGCUCCCACGAAAAGACCACUGUGACACGGGCCGAGAUACUGCUAGACCGCUUAGAGGAGGAGAUCACUCUGCUGAGGAAAAAACACACCGACCUGGAGAAGCUUUCACACACUGAUGAUCACAUACACUUUCUACAGAGUUGGCAGUCUCUGUCAGGACCCUCAGGAUAUGAAGACCUCAACAACAUCAGUGUCGCUCCAUAUUACUCCUUCGAUGCUACCAAGCGAGCCAUUGCUGCACUGAAAUUACAAGUAGAAGAAGUCAGCAAGACUGAAAUGAGCAAAAUCUCAGGAGCAGUGAAAGAAGUCUACAUCACACAAGAAGGUGAGACAAAGACAAGAAGAGAAUCAGUUUUGAGGCAAGAACUGAAGACAAGAGAAGAACCAAAGACGAGAGAAAAUUUCAUGAAAUACUCUUGCCAGUUGAUUCUGGACAUCAACAGUGUCCACUCCAACCUUCACCUCUCCGAGGGUAACCGAACAGCUAUGAUGAAGAGUGAGCCCAAGAACUACCCUGACCACCCUGACCGAUUUGACCACUGGCAGCAGGUGUUGUGCAAGGAGAGCAUGAGUGGGACUCGUUGUUACUGGGAGGUGGACUGGAGGGGAACAGAGAUCGACGUGGCCGUUACCUACAGAGGAAUCCGACGUAAGGGAAAUGGAAAUGAAUGCAGCCUGGGCUGGAACGACAAGUCCUGGAGUCUGUACUGCUCUGACUCCAAAUUCUCCUUUGUGCACAAUAAUAAGAGCAAAGACAUCCAAGCCACAGUGUCAUCUCGUAUUGGCGUCUACCUGGAUCAUGCAGCAGGAACACUUGCAUUUUACAGUGUCUCUGAUGGCAUGCAGCUUCUGCACAGAGUCCAGACUACAUUUACAGAGCCCCUCUACCCUGCAUUCAGUGUGUGGGGCUACGGUACUAGUAUAAGACUGUAGAAGACUUGCUUUAACGUCACAAAUUUGCAUUCAAUUUACACAACAUUCCUAAUAUUGCUUUGAAGUUGAUUAAUUCUGGUUAGUUUCACCUUUUGCUAAAAGUAGUAAUGUUAGUUUUCAUUCCAGUUGAUAUGUUUUUGUUCUGUUGAUCAUUGCUUGUUGUUUUGGGCCAAUCUAGCCUGAAGAGAUGAAAACAAAAUCUGUCAGUUGUGGGAAACAUAUGCAAUAACUGAUUAUCAUGUUAUUUUCUUUAUUUCGCAUAUCUCUUUCUCUAUUACGAUAAAGCAUGUUAUAGUUUCAUUAUUGGUAUGUUAGAUGCUGUCUGUGAAAUUAAAUCAGAGUUUCUAAAAAAUGUUCAUCAAGUAAUAACUUUAUUUGAUGAGAUUAUUAUAGUGUUUCUUUCAGUUUUGCUAUUAGCUAACAAAUAAACCUCAGCAGAUGUUGAUUGUGCCUUUAAGUUUCUAAAGUUUUAUUAUGCUACUUUUAUGUUUAGAAGAUGGGGCUAACACUUGUUGGAAACUAAUUCACCUUAAUUAUGCAAAUAAAGCAUGAUUUCAGUGUA